GGCUUCCUGGGCAUCCGGCGCCCCCUCUGUGAGCCGGGACCGUGGAGCCAGCACGGCCCCCUUCUCAGCAGAUGGAGAGUGAGCCACGCGGCUGGUCCUUACUGGAGCAGCUGGGCCUGGCGGGGGCGGACCUGGCGGCCCCUGGGGUGCAGCAGCAGCUGGAGCUGGAGCGAGAGCGGCUACGGCGGGAAAUCCGGAAGGAGCUGAAGCUGAAGGAGGGUGCUGAGAACCUGCGACGCGCCACCACCGACCUGGGCCGCAGCCUGGGCCCCGUGGAGCUGUUGCUGCGUGGCUCCUCGCGCCGCCUUGACCUGCUCCAUCAGCAGCUGCAGGAACUGCACGCCCACGUGGUGCUGCCUGCCCCUGCAGCUGCUGCCCGUGAUGCCCCCCAAUCCCCAGGGGCAGGUGGCUCUGCCUGCUCAGCAACCAACCUGAGCCGCGUGGCAGGCCUGGAGAAGCAGUUGGCCAUUGAGCUGAAGGUGAAGCAGGGAGCAGAGAACAUGAUCCAGACCUACAGCAAUGGCAGCACCAAGGAUCGGAAGCUGCUACUGACAGCCCAGCAGAUGCUGCAGGACAGUAAGACCAAGAUCGACAUCAUCCGCAUGCAGCUCCGCCGGGCACUGCAGGCCGGCCAGCUGGAGAGCCAGGCAGCCCCGGAGGAGUUCCAAGGGGGUCCAGACCUGGGAGCUGUAGAGCUGCGCAUCGAGGAGCUGCGGCACCACUUCCGAGUCGAGCACGCGGUGGCGGAAGGCGCCAAGAACGUUCUGCGCCUGCUCAGUGCAGCCAAGGCCCCAGACCGCAAGGCGCUCAGCGAGGCCCAGGAGAAAUUGACGGAGUCUAACCAGAAGCUGGGGUUGCUGCGAGAAGCACUGGAGCGGAGGCUUGGGGAGCUGCCCGCCGACCACCCCAAGGGACGGCUGCUGCGAGAAGAGCUCGCUGCGGCCUGCUCUGCUGCCUUCAGCGCCCGCCUCGCCGGGCCCUUCCCCGCCACGCACUACAGCACCUUGUGCAAACCUGCGCCUCUCACAGGGACCUUGGAGGUACGCGUGGUGGGCUGCAGGGACCUCCCAGAAACCAUCCCCUGGAACCCUUCACCCUCGGUGGGGGCUCCUGGGACCUCAGACAACCGCACCCCCUUCCUGAGCCGCCCAUCCCGGGGCCUUUACAGCCGAAGUGGGAGCCUCAGUGGCCGGAGCAUCCUGAAAGCAGAAGCCGAGAACACCAGUGAGGUCAGCACUGUGCUCAAGCUGGAUAACACAGUGGUGGGACAGACGUCUUGGAAACCGUGCGGCCCCAGUGCAUGGGACCAGAGCUUUACCCUGGAGCUGGAGAGGGCACGGGAACUGGAGUUGGCUGUGUUGUGGCGGGACCAGCGGGGCCUGUGCGCCCUGAAAUUCCUGAAGUUGGAAGAUUUCUUGGACAACGAGAGACAUGAAGUGCAGCUGGACAUGGAACCCCAGGGCUGCCUGGUGGCCGAGGUCACCUUCCACAACCCUGUCAUCGAGAGGAUCCCUCGGCUCCAACGGCAGAAGAAAAUCUUUUCUAAGCAGCAAGGGAAGGCAUUUCAGCGAGCUCGGCAGAUGAACAUCGAUGUUGCCACGUGGGUGCGGCUGCUUCGGAGGCUCAUCCCCAACGCCACAACCACAGGCACCUUCAGCCCCGGGGCAUCUCCAGGACCUGAGGCCCAGUCCACAGGUGACAUAUCUGUGGAGAAGCUAAACCUCGGGACCGAUUCAGACAGCUCACCGCAGAAGAGCCUGCUGGGUCCUCCUUCCAGCCCAUCGAGCCUGAGUUCCCCAAUCCAGGAAACUACCACUGCUCCCCAGCUGCCUGCAGAGACCCAGGAGACCCCAGGACCCACCCUGUGCAGCCCUCUAAGGAAGUCACCCCUGACUCUCGAGGAUUUCAAAUUCCUGGCAGUGCUGGGCCGGGGUCACUUUGGGAAGGUGCUGCUUUCCGAAUUUCGGUCCAGUGGGGAGCUGUUUGCCAUCAAGGCUUUGAAGAAAGGGGACAUUGUGGCCCGGGACGAGGUGGAGAGUCUGAUGUGUGAAAAGCGGAUCUUGGCGGCAGUGACCAGAGCACGACACCCCUUCCUGGUGAAUCUCUUCGGCUGUUUCCAGACGCCGGAGCACGUGUGCUUUGUAAUGGAGUACUCGGCCGGUGGGGACCUGAUGUUGCAUAUCCACAGCGACGUGUUCUCCGAGCCCCGUGCAGUCUUUUAUUCUGCUUGUGUGGUGCUGGGGCUGCAGUUCCUCCAUGAACACAAGAUUGUCUACAGGGACCUGAAGUUAGACAAUUUGCUCCUGGACACCGAGGGCUAUGUCAAGAUCGCAGACUUUGGCCUGUGCAAGGAAGGGAUGGGGAUGGGCUAUGGGGACCGGACCAGCACGUUCUGUGGGACCCCGGAGUUCCUGGCACCAGAGGUGCUGACGGACACGUCGUACACACGGGCUGUGGACUGGUGGGGGCUGGGCGUGCUUCUCUACGAGAUGCUGGUUGGUGAGUCCCCAUUCCCAGGGGAUGAUGAGGAGGAGGUAUUUGACAGCAUCGUCAACGAUGAGGUCCGCUACCCCCGCUUCUUGUCGUCGGAAGCCAUCGGCAUCAUGCGAAGGCUGCUGCGGAGGAACCCAGAGCGGAGGUUGGGGUCCAGCGAGCGGGAUGCAGAAGAUGUGAAAAAACAACCCUUCUUCAGGACCCUGGGCUGGGACGCCCUGCUGGCCCGGCGCCUGCCACCGCCCUUUGUACCCAAGCUGUCGGGCCGCACCGAUGUCAGCAACUUUGAUGAGGAGUUCACGGGGGAGGCACCCACGCUCAGCCCUCCCCGCGAUGCGAGGCCCCUCACCGCCACCGAGCAGGCCGCCUUCCGGGACUUCGACUUCGUGGCCGGGGGCUGCUAGCCCCUCUUCUGUACCUGCCCCCGCCCCCAACCAAGAGCUCUUAGUUUUUAAAAAGGCCUUUGGGGUUUGCCCCAGCCAUGCA